AUGCUUGUCAUAUUUCGUCUACCCACUGUUUUGGAGGCCUCUUCCACUCAUGCAGACAACUGCCUAAGUCCACCAAUUGUUGGUGAACCAAGCAACAUGUCCAGUUCAUCUGAACUUCUGUAUUCACAAAGUGCAUUUUUAUUAAACUUUAACAAGGAAAAGGUUGGCAGUGACAGAAGUUUCAGCUCGCUUACCUUCAUCAGAUUGUCAAAGGUAUCCACAAAUAAAACUCGCUACAUCAUCGGAGCCAUUCUGGCAGAAAAUGGUGCCUUACCCAAUGAGCAGCUGAAAACUACUUUAAAAGAGAAAGGUUACACUAUAGCUCGGUUCCCAGAAGUGAGUCAUGCUGUGAAAACAAUGUUUCCUUUCAAAUGUACCCUAUCAAUAUUCAUUGCACUCAUCAGAGUCUACCCACAGUUAGGAAGCUACCUAAAGGAAAGGCGUCUGUGUGCUCAUCCAAUCCUAGAAGUUUAUGAUGACUGCAACAUUCACUUCAUUGCUCCUUUAGCCAAACAGAAUGAGUUCUACGUUGCAGAAGCUCAGUCGACUUCUGACGAGCAGGGUUCAGAUGGUGAAGAAAGCAUCUCUGCCACUGAAACUUCCAAAAGUCAUUCCAAUGAUUCAACAAGUGAACUCUCUCAUCGGAGCGUGUCGACUUUGUCUAAUGUCGCCAGUGAUGGUUCGACAAAUACCACAGCAACUGCAGAGUUUAACGAGGAACCUGCAAGAGAAAUAACUGAGUCUUCGAAAUCCGAGAGCAGAGAAAAAUCCCUAACUCCAGCCGAGGACAUAACACCCUUUUUUUCCAAACAGCAACUUUCACCUGGUUCAGUUGACGACGACCAAGAAUGGGAGAAUCUUGAAAACUUUAAAACACAAGAAGAGGAAGAUGAACAUGUAGGCCCACCAUCCAGUAUUCAAGAAACAACUCAUUCCCCUUUUGAUCUUCCUUCACAAAUUGCAUCAUUAGCUGGAGUUACGGACAACUCCUCCCCAGAAAUAGAGAACGCUGCCCCUGUGGUCAUAGAGGCCACUAUGCAGGAGAGCAUUAGUUCACGUCUCGAAGAGUCUGGAUUCAGUGAGUCAUUGUUAUCGACACUUCAAGACUCUGGACUUGGUUCCGAGGAGACGAGUACUCCUCACCACGCUCACAACCUCGCCGCUUCUGCCAACACAGGUUUCACUGCCGCUGCCGUAAAUGAAAGUUCUAUAUCAUCUGAGCAACCCGAACGGCCACAGCAGCUGCAACCAACAGAAGCGCAGCAGCAGCAACCACCACAGCUUGUUGAAAUAGAAAGUGACACUGCUUCGGAACAUAGCAACAGUUCAUCGAGUUAUGAAGAAGUGAAGCUUACCGAAAUUACUGAUGCUUGAGCACCAAAAUGACACUGGUCGGAUUUUCUUCUCUCUCUCUCUCUCACCUUUUAAAAAAGAAAAUAAAUAUAAACAAAGAUGAACAAAAAAAAUGCAUAAAAUAAACAGAACUAAUUGUGUAACAAGAAGCAGCCAGAAUUCUUAAUUGUUUUGUUGGCCGGCUGUCUUUGACAUUUCCCUACCCUAUCUCUCUCUCUCUCUCUCUCCUACACAUCUCCUUCAAACUAACAAUACUUAAAACUUGGUUUUCAUCUGGAGAAAGAACCAGUUGUUUGUUUGUUUGUUUAUUUCUUGUUUUAUUGUUUGUUUGUUUUUUUGUUUGUUUAUUUUAUAAUAAUUUUACAUCUGUGUAGGUGUAAAAUGUAAAGUCCAUGCACUCUAUGUGUGUGUGAAAACACAUUAUCCCCCUCCACCCCUCCACCAAAAAAAAAAAAAUAAAGAAUAUUUACGAUCA